AUGAAGGAAGGACAACUCGGGGCCUCACUUUUGGGGGAGGCGCAGGCGCAGGUCCUUGCCACUUCGGGGGUCUGCCAUGAGACGCAGCAGCAGUUCGCACACUUAUCCAUAGAGCCAGCAGAAGCCCUCUCUCCUAUAACAAGAAACGCAGCUUCCAGAUAUUGUGUGCCGGGGUGCACAGCGGCAGGUGGGCCUGGACGCCUCCCGACCUAUGUGGCGGAAAGGGCAAUCCUGAGCGAGCCCGUUGCAAAUGAAACACGAAAGGCGGCAGUUCGGUACCCUCGAUAUUCCCAUCCUAAGGCUGGUACAAUGCGCUUUCUAGAGGCGUGCUCAGGAGGCACGCCCGUUGAGCUAGCGAAGUCGGCAGCGGUAGUGCUUCCUGAACCUGAUGGCUCCCUCUCCACAGAGGCUGUUGUUACCGACAGCGACGAUGGCUUGAACGCCUCUGAAGGCAAGGAUAGGACUUUUGCCUCUUUACCUCGGGGUCGCUUGACUCCUAAAGCGUCUUCGUCGGACGCGAAGGAGGCCACUUCCUGUUCUGUCCCCUUGCAUGGUCACCUCCUGGCUGAAGUCUUUGCCAUUCUAGGAGACCAGCCGAAAGAAAAGGCAAGACUCGCGACCGUGUGCAAGGACUGGGCAGAAGCGCUCAGACGCCCUAAUUUUGGCCUUUCUUCUUGUAACGUUGUCUCUCUCUUCGCCCCUGUCCCUGCGUUUGGCGCUACUGGUUACCCACGCAGCCGGCUGCAGAGUCUUCUGCUGGGGGUUCGGUCUCUUGUGGUGUCAGAGGAUGACGUGCCUCUGGCGACAAGACUCCUCCUGCAGCUUGUCACUGCGCCUCCUGCCAAUCGUCUCGAGUAUUCCUUGACCAAAGGUCCCGCCUCGGCCUGCGAGCAGCAUGAGGCAAACUCCACGGGCAGUAUUUCUGCCGCCAAAAGCCUCAGGCGAUGCGAGACUAGCGCCUUCAGCGUUGACUUCCGGCUGCCCCACCUAAGGUGCCUGAGGAUUUUUGAGAGCCUCGGCUCAGGAUUCGUCCGACACCAGGCUUUUACGGAGGCUUGCAAAGGUCUCGCUUGCGCUGGCGUGUGGUGUGAUGUUGCCGUUGCCGCUUCAGUUGUGCCUAACGCCGUGCUUGCCGCCAUGGAUGCCGAUCGUCGCCUCAGUAGGGACCACGAGGCAGCGCCUGCAACACGCUUCGACCUGGGGGGCCUCCAGCACCUGGAGGAGCUCGUCUUUGAAUGCGACGUAGGCUCAGCGCUGCUGCUCGCUCUGCGAGGCAGAACUCCAAGACUGCGAUCCCUCGUGCUUUCAAGGCUGCAGGUCGAAGAGGCCCCCCCCUUUGCGGCAGACCAGCAAACCUCCAAAGAGCCGACGGCCUUCGAGGCGCUUUUGCUGCUGCUGGAGUCGUUGCGCCCGCAGCAGCUCCGCGUCUUCGGUGUAAGUAGAGCUCACGCCGCCAGCGUCGGGUGCGAGGAGGAGUGCAGCGAUGCACUCCCCUGGAGACACUUGCCAAACGGAGAGGAGGCCGCGCAUAUGCGUGACGCCCUCGAAAGCCUCAGAAACAGGAUUCAGCAGAGGCAUCAAAGGGGGGCCCUCCACUCGGAGGUACUAUGGGAUGAACUGGCAGACGUCUUGUCUCACAAAUUCAAUACAUCGCUUGCCGCCCUCUGGGUAAGUAAAGCUGCCAGCGCCACGAUCCGUAAAGGAGCUCUUAGAGGGCCUGCUUGUACGCCUUGCUACGUGCCUCUACCGCAGCCAGACCUGCCAGACCUCCAGUGUUCGCUCUCCGCCCUGGGGAAUCUUGUGCGCAACUGUCAUAACGUGUCCCGCUGCUCAGUGCCGGGAGCCUCCAUGCUUGCCUAUCUCCAAUCCAGAGGCGUUAGCAGCAGCAGAGUCAUCGGAGGUUCUAGACUCAGUGAAAAGUUGGAGUGGCAAGGCCUCCCUCCUCAACUCCUGGCUGCUUUAGCCUGUAUCGCUAAAUUUUUCGCUUUUUGUGUGCCUGGUUGCUGUUGCGCUGAAUAUGGGAAGCGGGGGUGCUUUGUUCAGGGGAAAGCAUCCAGUUCGUUAAGCUGGAGUGGCGAGAGCCGUAGACAGCCGAGCGUAGCAACACGUUGGGACAUAAGGGGGCCGCUGGCUCCUUCACCGUGCGCUAGGAAGAGCACGUUUGGCUUGUACAGAGUUCUACGUUUCAGCUGGUCGUGGGAAGACGACAGCAUAGGUGGGAUGGACUUGUCUCAGGUACAGCUUUCUGAACGUUGGUAUGGCUGCGCGCCUCCAGCCUUCAGUAAAAGCCACACAGCAGCAAUGAUAUAA